AUGGGUGUAUCACUGUGCGGUUAUUCAUCUUGGGUCUUCGAUGGGCUCAGUAAGGGUAAUAUUGCAACUACAAUCCUCUUUGCUCUCGGGGCCUACGUCAUUUGGAAGCUAUCAUACAAUGUGCUUUUCCACCCUCUGCGUAGAUACCCCGGCCCGACGUUCUGGGCAGCAUCUCGCAUACCCUACGCGUUGGCUUGCGCUACAGGUCAGGCGCACCGAAGAGUCCUGCAUCUCCACGAAAGAUACGGAGACAUAGUUCGAGUCGCCUCGGACGAGCUUUCGAUUUGCUCGCCAGAAGCUUGGAAGGAAGUUUUCGGGCGCCGCAAAACAGCAGUCGGCGAAAUCGCCAAGGAUGAUGUGCACUAUGCCGAGGCCAAAGACAGUAUUCUUGGGGCUCCCAAAGAUAAACACGCUCAACUCCGGCGCAUUCUCGCGCGUGGCUUUUCAAACAGAGCCAUUCUUGAUCAAGAACGACUGAUAGAAUCUCACGUCGACCAACUAUUCAUCAUUUUGACCGAGCAUGAAGCGACAAAGGGCUGGGGGGUCCCCAUCGACAUCAACAAGCUAUUCGACUUCGUAGCCCUCGACAUCAUCACGGACCUGGGCCUCGGUGCCUCGUUUCAUUGCUUACAAACAGGCCAGUACCACCCUUGGGCACAAUUCUUCCUAGAUGCUCUGCCGGGAAUUGCAUUUGCCACGGCCAUGAAGCAUUUUAAAAUCGUUUUUAGACUUCUCAUGGCCUUGGCUCCCAAGUCUCUUGUCCGAAAACAUGAGGACAUGGUGAUGUUGACCAACUCAAUGGUCGAAAAGCGGCUGUCAGAGGCUGACCGCCCGGACCUCAUCCAAGCCAUGUGCCAACCGGUCUCCGGUAACGAGAGACCUCUCAGCGUACACGAAAUCAAGGCCAACUCACAGAUCCUGACUAUGGCAGGCUAUGACACAACAGCAACCGCCUUGGCAGGCACAACGUAUCUCAUAGCCACGCAUGAUUCUGUGCAAGCCAAACUUUGUCAAGAGUUGCGGAGCACUUUUGGUGAAGAGCGGGAUAUCAAUAUUUCAGCCACCAAAAGUCUCCCAUACUUGACGGCAGUCAUUGAUGAGGCCUUAAGGAUGUAUCCGCCCGGUGCUUCAGGUAUGCCACGCAAGGUCGGCGAACGAGGUGACAUCAUCUUGAAUCAGUAUAUUCCCGCCAACACGAUCAUUUCCCUUUGGCAGUAUGCCAUGUAUCACAAUCCUCGGAAUUUCUUCCAACCGGACUCUUUUAUACCCGAGCGCUGGCUUGAUAUGAACGGUUCGACGGGCUUCUCGCAUGAUUGCAAGGAGGUGUUUCAACCCUUCUCUUUUGGGCCUCGUGACUGCAUCGGCCGCAAUCUUGCAAACGCAGAACUCCGCGUCAUAUUGGCUAAGUUGGUUUGGAACUUUGACUUCGAGCUUGCCCACAAGGCCGACGAGAAGAAUUGGUUGGCCCAGCAGAAGAAUUAUCUUUUGUGGGAACGAGGUCCUCUCCAACUAAGACUCAAACGACGGGCAGGAAACAUGUUGUGA